UUGGCAGUGUGUCGCGCGGGCUGUCGGGAUCAUGUCCGCCAUGUUUUUACACCAUCCGAGAAAAAAAAACCCAUGAAAAAACACCACAGCUCGCUCAGAGAUGCCUUUAACAGCCAGAUUUCGAUUGGAGGGACGUGAGUGAGCGCGGCCGUGGAGAGAACCGUCGGCUAGUCUGUGUAUUUGUACCGAAUGAUCCGUGUUUAGUGUGUUUGUGAUCGCUGAAAACAAUGAGUAAACUCUCGUUCCGCGCGCGAGCGCUAGACGCCGCCAAACCGCUGCCGAUUUACCGCAAUAAAGACCUGCCGGACCUCACCGACUGCGUCUCCAUCAACCGAGCGGUCCCGCAAAUGCCAACCGGGAUGGAAAAGGAGGAGGAAUCGGAGCAUCAUCUUCAGAGGGCCAUCUCUGCACAGCAGGUGUUCAGGGAAAAGAAGGAGAGCAUGGUGAUCCCUGUGCCAGAGGCAGAGAGUAACAUCACCUAUUACGAUCACCUUUACAAAGGAGAGUUCCGCAUUCCCAAACAGCUCAUCCACAUUCAGCCUCUGGGUCUGGAUUAUGAAUUGCCUGACUAUGAUAUGGACUCGGAGGAUGAGACUUUACUGAAUAGACUCAACCGCAAGAUGGAGCUCAAACCAAUCCAGUUUGAGACCAUGAUGGACCGGUUGGAGAAAGCCAGCACAAACCAGCUGGUCACUUUUCAGGAGGCCAAGCUGCUGCUAAAUGAAGAUGACUAUCUGUUGAAGUCAGUGUAUGAUUACUGGGUGAGGAAGAGGAAGAAUUGCAGGGGCCCAUCGCUCAUCCCACAGAUCAAGCAGGAGAAAAGGGAUAGCUCCACCAACAAUGAUGCUUACGUGGCCUUUAGGCGGCGCACAGAGAAAAUGCAGACCAGAAAGAAUCGAAAGAAUGACGAGGCAUCUUAUGAGAAAAUGCUGAAGCUGAGGAGAGAGUUCAGCCGAACCAUGAGCAUCCUGGAGAUGAUCAAGAAAAGAGAGAAGAGCAAACGAGAGCUGCUGCAUCUGACGCUGGAGGUGGUUGAGAAAAGGUAUCAAAUUGGAGACUUCUCUGGAGAGAUUCUUAAUGAAGUCACUGUACCUCUGGAGAAAACCAUUUACCCUGCACCGAUAUCCCUACAAAACGGGAGCCGGCACAAGACAGAGGGCAAAAUCAAGUCCCACAAAUCUGGACCCAAAUACCUGCACCCCUUCACAGUCAAGGCUGAGCCGCACUUUGACUUUGUGCGGUCUCAAAAGAAAUACAACAAGAGGCCCAAACUUGAUGUAUUGCGCCAGCCUGGUCGACCAGAGCGGCAGCAGAUCAUCAACAAGGCAGACAUCAAACAGUACGACUUCCACAGCUCUGGAGAGGAGGAUUACCCACUGUCUCCAGCAUCAGAGCCGGAUGAAGAAAAUGAUCCAGAUGGAAUCUUUGCCUUUAGACGGAAGGCUGGCUGCAGUUACCAUGCUCCACUGGUGGAGCAGAGCUGCACUCCUCACUGGCAUCAGAUGGGUCAGGAGAAGUUGUGGCAACGGAACUGUCUCACUGCCCUCUCUGUGCCCAGACGCUGUAUUGCAGUGGCUCGUGGGAGGGUGGGCAGAGGUGGCAGGGUUCUUUUAGAUCGCACCUCCUCAGAUCUGGACCGGACCCUGAGACACCUGGACCCUGACAUGUUUUAUCCCUCCUCUGGCUCUAGUGUGCCUGUCCGCCCUGUCCACACAAACACAAACUCUCAAUCCUUCUCCAAAUUAAACCCUCAGUGCUCACUAACUCAGCUCCUGAGUGACAUUCAGGCCUGCAGGUGGAAAUUUUUCCGCCCUCGGCCGCAACAGACAAAUUUGAGGGAGAAGGACAAGAAAGGGACUCCGCAGCUGGAAAAAGGUGGAGGGGCUUCUCUCUCGAACAGUGUGUUAGGUGGGAUCACAGAGGAGCAGUUUAACUCCCAUCAGCAACAGCUGGUUCAGAUGCACAAACAGUUGCAGCAACAAGAACUCCAGCAGAACUCAACAGCACCAGAACCUCUCACACACCCGCCUGACACGGUCUCGUCUGACUGCAUGUCUAAGACUCUGGACUCGGCUAGUGCACACUUUGCUGCCUCUGCUGUAGUUAACACUCCCAACAAUGAAAACAGGCCCCAGAUUUCUUGUGUCAAUGGCAUUCUUCCCAAUUCAGGAAGCUUUAGACAAGCCAAAUUAAACCGUUCUGCACAGAGUGGAGUUGGUGGUGAUUCAAGCUCUUUAAUAUGGACAUCAAGCAGAUCCAACCCGCAGUCUCUUCCUCACGGCCAUGGGCACCUGAGCGCAGUGUCUCUGGCCCACACACACCACAACGCACGCCCGUGCGCCCCCUCAGCCUUAAAGCUGGCCAGUGUCGCUAGCUGUCUGGACCGGGUACCCAAAGUCACCCCCACCAGUGCCAUCGACAGCAUUGCCAGGGAGAACCAUGAACCAGAGAGGCUGGCUCUCAAUGGCUUAUCAGAGACCACAGUGGCCAUGGAGGUCACAUAGCCCAAACAUAAACUCACAGACUUGAGUGCUGAGAGCUAUGCGCUUCAACACUGACUUAUAACCAAUAGCAGCAUAUCAAAAUAUUAAGAUAAAAUUGUCAAUAUAAUAAGUGUACAUUUUGUAAAUUGGGAAUUAUCACUACCUUGUAAAAUAGUAUAUUUGUAUCGUUAGUCUGUCAUUUCUGUUAUUUGAAAUUAAAUUUUUUUUAUCAUCAUGCUUUUGCACUUGGAAAUGCAAGCAAGACAAGUGCAUCAGUUCAUGUGUGGAUCAUGAGCAUGAAUAUAGGUCCUGCGUCACUUGUUUUAACUAUUUAUUUUGCAAUGUUUACAUUUUUGUAUCUCGUACAAAUAAAUCCAAUUUUGUGACCACAAAAUGCAGACAUAGCUAGUA